UCUGUACUUUCCAUACACUAUAUGUCUUUGUAGAUACUUUGAAAGCUACAGUGCCUGUCCUCCUGUAUGUAAUUUCACCAGCUAACACACAACACUCCAGCAUGAAGCAGCUUCUGAGCAAAGUGGUCCUGUACCUGUCUAGCCUAUUACUGGCAGCCGUCCACGGGACUCAUUACAGGAUAUAUGGAUUCCAACCUCAAAGAAGAUACAUUUUUCCUCCAAUGGUUCAUGGCAGUGCUGUGUUGCCGGUCUCAAGACCUAGCGUGCUAGCCAGCCCACCCUACAUAGCCAGUCCUCGUCACAAGCCAGAGCCUAGAACCAUCCAGGUCCAACCGCCAACAGACACAGCCUGCAAGAGUCGACCUAUGGACCUGGUGUUUAUCAUUGACAGUUCCCGCAGUGUCCGUCCUCAGGAGUUUGAGAAGGUCAAGGUUUUUCUGUCUAACAUGAUUGACACAAUUGACAUGGGCGAGAAAGCCACACGCGUGGCCGUGGUGAAUUAUGCCAGCACUGUGAAAAUAGAAUUCUUCCUCAAGACAUAUUUUGCUAAAGCAGCAAUGAAAAUGGCUAUUUCUAAGAUCAGCCCUCUGUCUACAGGCACCAUGACCGGACUUGCUAUACAGACUGCUCUUGAAGAGGCGUUUACUGAAGCAUCAGGAGCACGCCACCCAUCGCUCAACAUUCCAAAAGUUGCCUUUAUUGUAACGGAUGGACGACCUCAAGACAAAGUCCAGGACAUUUCUGUGAGAGCACGGGCUGCGGGGAUAGAGAUAUAUGCUGUUGGAGUGGACAGGGCAGAUAUGCAGUCUCUUAAGCUUAUGGCCAGUGAACCUUUAGACGAUCAUGUCUUUUAUGUGGAGACUUACGGUGUCAUUGAAAAGCUGCCAUCCAAGUUUAAGGAGACACUGUGUGGUAUAGACUUUUGUGUGCCAGGAAGACAUGAUUGCGAGCACUCAUGUGUAGCAACUGAUGCAUCCUAUUAUUGCAAGUGUCACGAUGGAUACAAACUGAAUCCAGACAAGAAGACGUGUUCACGUAAAGAAGAGGUUCGGAAGAUUGUUGAAAAAGAAGAUCCCUGUAAAUGUGAAGCACUCGUUGAAUUCCAGAGAAAGGUCAACACAUACAUCAAUUCACUGAGUACAAAACAUAUCCUUUAACUUGGGUGAAAGUCU